AUGUGGCUCAGCCUAGGAGACAAAAAUAGUGGUUAUUUCCAUGCUGCAACUAGAGGAAGAAGAGCACGGAAUAACAUCUCGGUGUUUGAAGAUGAUGAAGGAAAGACAGUCUAUGAGGAAGCAAAGAUAGCAGAAGUAAUUACAAAUUACUUUGAGAAAAUGUUUACCUCUCAGACGGGAUCCAGAGCGGAGGCAGUAAAUCAGGGUAUCAAACCAAGUAUCUCGACUGAAACCAAUAGACGUCUAACUCAGAUACCAAGUCCACAAGAGGUUAAUGCAACAAUCUUCUCAAUCCAUCCAGAUAAGGCUUCGGGUCCGGAUGGCUUCUCAGCUAGCUUCUUCCACUCUAAUUGGGAAACAAUAGGAGAAUGA